GACCAGGGCAUCUCAACUGUUCGGCUGGAAGAAAAGGGAAGUGUCUGAUGUUGUGGCUCGGCAAGCGAAGGAGAUUGAAAAAUUAAAAGUCGAAGUCCAAUCCCUUAAGCAGCAGAGAAACGCUGCCGAACAAGAGGAAGAAGGAGAGGUGGCUGGUGAGGCGUAUGUUCCACAACCAUACGCUCCUGAGGAUGAGGUACAACCACAAACUUAUGCUGAGGAGUUUAUUUCCCCCAACGACCAAGGUAUCCUGUACAAUUUUGAUGACCAUGCGGCCCUUAAUCAGCAAGUACAUCUCUGCUAUGACAACAUCGACAACAUUGUGGCCCGAGCGUAUUUGUAUGAGCAUGUUGGUAAAAUCACUGUUCACUGCCAGGACUACGAUGAUUCACAUGCCCAAAUUCUGGUGUCAGAAAUCCUGCAAGAGGACGCUGAAAUCCCAAUCCCAAUUGAAGGGUGCAGAUAUGUUAAGGACGUAUCGCAGAUGUUCCUUUCUUGGCCUAAACACUUAAUUCUAACAACCGAGGGUCCACUGGCUCAACCGCCCUCAAGACGUGAUGCGUCAAAGGGGAAAGCUCUGAUGCUUUCUCCACAAGGCGGUGGUGCUCGGGAAGAUGACUUGUUUACGGAAGAGAAGAUGGCGUUGAUCCCUAAUUUGCUAAAAUGGAUGAUUCGUGAAUUCCUGAGGCUCAAAGAUAAACGUGAUAUAAUCACAAUUCCUGUCCCCCGAGGAUUCAUUGCACCGCGUACCCAAAUCACGUUAUCUAGAGAGGAUUUGCAGCAGGUUGCUACAUGUGACUACAUCGGCAACCAGGGAAUGCUGUUUGGAAUGAUGCACAUAUGGGAGAGCAUCAACGGUCUGAGGAAAAUUUUCAAGUUUUACGACCCAGAGCUUCUCAUAGUGCAUGGGACCAUCGAUGAAGAAAAGAGUCAGUCUUUUGACGAUGCGGCAAGACGAUUGGCUAAUUGGUUAUCAUUAAUGAAUAACAACCACCAAAUGUUCUUUAUUCCUUGGAAUAUCGGGUAAACUUUAUUAAAUUCUUUAGUGCUAAUUGUUCAUUUUUAUAUUAUGUCUUCAAAUUAUUUUUAUACUAUCUUACUUAUAUUCCAUUAUAAUUUUCUAGGAUGCAUUGGAUGCUAGUGGUGGUUACGCCAAGGAAAGUUAUCCAUUUAAACCUUGUAAGUGGCCGCCCAAUUCCUGAAGAAAUAGAACAAAUGAUCGGAAGGUAAUAAUUUAAUGACUUCUUAU